UAGAUUACUUUAUAAUUUACAUAAAAUAUGCAUAAACUCAUAAAAGUCAAAACUAAAAAUAAAUAAUAUAAAUAAAUAUAAUAUAAUAUAAAUAAUAAAUUUAAUAAUUAAUUCGGUAAAUUGUUUUUGAAACUACCAAAAUCGGUGAAGUAUUAUUCAAACGGAAUAGAUGAGUUUUUUAAUCUUGUGGGUCAAAAUUUUGAUUGAUAACAUUUGUACUUGUUAAACUUGAUAUAUGCACAAAUAAUAAGACCCAAUACAUAAUUCAAAUUACAAAACUAAACUUUAUUUUUUUCUUUAUGUUCUUUUAAUGCAUAUAAAUAUUUUUGAAUUAGAAAAAUUCCAUAUGAUAAAAUCUGCACGAAUUGAAAUUGGAAGAUAAUCUCUAAUUGUAUUUUAAUGAUAAAUAUUGAAUUUAAAUAAAAUAUAUUAUUAUGAAAAUUUUGUAAACAUAAAGUAGUUGGGUUAAUUGUUAAAUUUUUAUAAGUUGAAGGUACUACUAACAAUUAUUAACUAAAUAAAAAAAAUAUUUUGUUUGGAGUAAAAAAUGGAGUAAUACAUUGGACUAAAACCCAAUUCCAUUUUGAAGUUACACCAUUUUAGAGUAAAAUUUGGAGUAAUACAUUGGAGAUGCUCUAACCCCUGAUGGAUAAUAGUCAAAAAUUAUUUUUCUUAUUUACCAAAUUCUCAAAUGCCAAACAAAUCCCACAGCUUUUGUAUCUCCGAGUACGCGUUAACACUAAAGUUAUAAUUCUGUACCACUUAAUUAGCGCAUAAAACAAAAGAUAGUAUCUGCUUAAAUAAUUCGAGUAUAUUUAAAGAAGCCUAAUAUGUUGACAAAUUUUUUUUUUAACGAAGCCGCUAAAAGAUAAAUAUAUUAAUCCACAUGUAACUUAAUAAACAAAGAAAAACAUAUUAUAUGAAGGAAUAACUCUCCUAUAAAUUUAUGAGUUUACUCUCUAGACAUCACCUCUCACAAACUCAAACUAAAAAAAAAAGUACUUUUCUCUUUUAUUAUCAAUAAGCAACAGAAAAAGAACCAGUGAAACAAUUUCAAUAUUCUUGAAAGUAAUGGACCAAGAACAAACACAACAUAGCCCAACCGGCCAUAGUCACUCACCUUCUUCCCCAGCUUCGGGUUCCACCUCGACCGAAACGGUUCGGUCACGAUGGUCACCUAAACCGGAACAAAUACUCAUACUUGAGUCGAUCUUCAACAGUGGUAUGGUUAACCCUCCCAAAGAAGAGACGGUAAGGAUACGAAAGAUGCUCGAGAAGUUUGGGGCGGUGGGAGAUGCAAAUGUCUUCUAUUGGUUUCAAAACCGGCGGUCAAGAUCUCGAAGGAGGCAGCGGCAGCUCCAGGCCGCAGCUGCGGCCGUAACCACCAAUACUUGUGACCAGACCAUGAUGGUAAACACCAGCUUACCACAAUAUAGUGGGGCUGAUUUGGGGUUUGGAGGUUGUAGCACUUCCUCUAAUUACUUAUAUGGUGGGUCAUCAUCUCAAACUCCUUCAUUUUUUCUUGGUCUUUCUUCUUCUCCUCCUUGCUCAAGCUCCUCUUCAACUUCUUCUUCAGCUAGCUCUUCAACUUCUUCUUAUGGUGGUGGAUAUGAUAAUCAUAGCAAUAAUGGCAUGGAAAAUCUCUUAGCAAUGUCUGGUCAAUUGGGUUACCAUGAAGCUAGUCAGCAUCAUUAUCAACAUCAUAGCUCAAAUCUCUCACCAAUGAUGUGCCCAUCUGAUCAAAGCUCCAGUUAUGAUCACUACCAACAAGGGUUAACGGUCUUUAUAAACGGAGUUCCGACAGAAGUGACGAGUGGAGGUAUAGACAUGAAAGCAAUGUUUGGAGAAGAUUUGGUUUUGGUGCAUUCCUCAGGUGUUCCUCUUCCUACUGAUGAGUUUGGUUUUUUGAUGCAUAGCUUACAACAUGGUGAAGCUUAUUUCCUGGUUCCAAGACAGACAUGAACUGGCUUUACUAUUGGGCUGUGUGGUUCUCCAACAGAUGCCUUAUUAAUCUACCUUGGACUUUAUUGCUGCGAUCCAUCCGUUUUUGUUUUACUUUCCGAGUCGACAUAUCGUGCAAUCAAAUUUUCUUAUGUAUUUCUUAAUUUUGUAAUAAUUAAGAAAAAGUGAAGUCAAAAAUCUCUUAUAAGACGAAGAGAUUUUAGGUUUCGUAUCAGUUUAGUGAUUUAGUUUAAAAGUACGUAACUAUUUUUGCAAUAAAAUCUGUGUCUAGAGAUC